AUGGUGAUACUAUCAACGAGUGGUGGUCAAGAUGUGCUUGGUAAUAAUUCCAGUUCGAACGUGGAUACGAGCACUAAUCUAAAUCUAAAUCCAAUGUCAUUCACGGAUCAGCACGGUAAUAUUCUGCUGGAAAGGUUGCGCUAUCAACGCGAAAUGAGCCGAUUCUGUGAUGUGCAUUUGAUAGUGAAGGAUCGACAGUUCUCAGCACAUCGUAAUAUACUGGCUGCUUGUUCACCGUAUUUCGAUUCUAUUCUCAAAAACUCAAAAGUUGUCAAAGAACAGGUAACCGUAAACUGUCAGAAUCCGAGUGUAUUCGAAUUGUUAUUGAACUAUAUGUAUAGUGGAAGUGUGGUAAUCGAUCGCAGUAGUGUUACGGAUCUACUGAAAUUGGCGAAUAAUUUCUUGGUGAGCAAAGUAAAGAAUUAUUGUGCGGAAUAUCUGGACAGGUAUAUGGAUGCUUCGAAUUGUUUGUCAGUGAAGGAGUUGGCGUUGAAGUACAAUCUACCAGCGUUGUUGAAGAGUUCAUGUGACUACUUCGAUGUGAACAUCAACCGAUGUCUACUCGAGAGUCACGAUAUCGUUGAGUACUCACUCGCACAACUCAACCAAUUGCUCUAUGAACCCAAAUAUGCCAACACCAUAUCUGCAGAUGUUCAUCUCAAAUUAAUCGUCAGAUGGGUUGCUCACAACCCGAGUCAUCGUGAUUCACUCUUCAAAGAAAUGCUCUCCUCAUGUCCAUUCGCCAUGCUACAGUCGAAUACUCUCGAAAAUCUACUCGAUUACUCUCCGUUUUUGGCCAAUUCGUUAUCAUCCAGAUUCGCUCUUUUACAACUCAUGUACGAGCAUUCUGUACCAAUGGCUAAAUACGAAGCUCAAUAUCGAACACUUUUAUCGCAGUUCGGUGGUCAAGUGAACAUGUAUUUCAAUGAUAAUCCAGCGCAAAUAUACAGUAAUGAUAAUAAUAAUAGUGCUAACACUGAUAAUCACAGUGAUAAUAAUAAUAAUCAACUCCAUUACGACACAUCGAGUAAAGUUGAAUUGGCGAAUGAAUCUGCAACUACGAGUGGUUUGCAUUGCGAGGAUAAAAGCAUCCACGAAAGCAAAAACUGCAUUGCGAUUCUGCCAAAUAAUGAUGAUCGUUCAUGUGCACAAGCAACGACGUCUGUUAUUGAUGCAACCAGCACCGAUCAACUCAAACUGAACUCGACCACUGAUAAUAGCAGUAAUAAUAAUGGUAAUUCAGAAUCGAAUAUUCGACCAUCAUUAAAAUUGAAAAUUCAGUUGAAUAAUGUCAAUUUAAUGAAUCGUAAAAACAGAAUUCUUGGAGUGUCUUCAACUUCAAGCGCCGUAUCGAAUACGGCUGCAUUCCCGUCGUCUUUCUCUGCCUACUCGUCGCAGUCAAUCUCGCCGUCAACGAAUCGAAUCAACAAGCUCUAUCGUAAAUCCAUAUCGAACGCCAAUCAGAUCAUCGCCAAAAAACGCGGAAGACCUCCGAAACCACGGCAGUCCUAUAUGAAUCUUGAUGUAUCCACCACCAGCAACAACAGUCACAAUUCCGAUGUCAAUAUCAGCGGCAGUGAACAUUUAUAUCCGGAUUGUGCAGUUGAUUUCAAUGAUGAGGUGGUGUUCGAUGAAGAAGAUGAGAUCGAUCCGUUAUCGGUGCCAUCGGCAGACUCGGAAAACGAGGAGAACGCUGAUAGCGCUGCCACGGCCACUGCUGAUCAUAAAUGUACAUGUUGUGAAUAUAGAUGUUCGAAGGCACGAUCUUUAAAACAUCAUUUUAUACGCCAACAUACCAAGGAAAUCGUUCAUGUUUGUUCGUUGUGUGUGUUCGAGUGUCGAUGGAAUCGAGAUUAUUACACCCACAUGAAAGGACAUUUUCCGGGUCCUCCGUUCCAGUGUGAUUUAUGUGAAUAUAAUAAUGAUCGGAUGCAACUUCUUUUGUCACAUCGUCUUACGCACAAUGAUGAACGACCAUUCAAAUGUCUGUUAUGUGAGUACAAAAGUCGAUCGAAAACGCAUUUGGUAUCGCACAUAAACGAGCACACUCCCAAUAAGCCGUUCCACUGCUCGGAAUGCGGUCGUGGAUUUGCACUGAAGAGUACACUCGAUCAGCAUAUCGCUGCGCACUCUCAGUCCAGAACGCAUUUGGCGGUCCGUGCUCAUCAAUGCAAAAUCUGUAAUCGAUCGUUCAUCGAGAAGUCACAUCUGGUGAGACAUGAGAGGAUUCAUCUUGAGGAUAAACCGUUCAAAUGUGACAAUUGUGACUAUGCGUCAUCUCGUCGUGAUAAGCUCAAAGAGCACAUCCAGAAGCAUCACUCGAAUAACGCCAAUGGCAAACAGCAUCGACGCAGAUAUCGACGUGCCAAGCAACUUGCUCAGCUCGCUGCUGCCGCCAAUGCUGCGGCUCAUAACAAAGUACUCUCCCAACAAAGCACAUCAACAGCAACUGCCGCAUCAGCCCAGCCGUCGUCAAACGCCAACAUGGUCACCGACUCAAUGUUUCGACCGAUAUCGUCAACUGAUCUGUUGGAUACCACUUCAAAUCCGAACCCUCUACAUCCUGCGAUCAUCACUGACAAUAGCAAUAUGAAUAACACCAGUCAAACUCAAUUCGUGAUCAGAUCGGAUAUCAACCAAGACAAUCAACACAUCAGCAGUAAUCAGUCAAAUCAACAGCAGCAACAACAGAUAAUGAUCGAUUUGGCGACGAUCAAUACGAUGAAUAAUGCGAAUGCAAAUGGACGUCCAUCGUCAGCAAUGUUACCACAAAGCUCAGCCAUAAAUUUAUCACCAACGAUGAGUCUUAAUUUCCAAUUAGGUGGUGGAACGACGCCGUUGUUAGAUGGUCGAAGUAAAGACAUCACGUUGGGUGGUGCCAUAAUGGAAUCACCCAUAGAUUGUUCGUUAAGAACGCCGUUGCUGCUGACCCGAAACAGUACUCCUCCGCAUUCAGUGACGUGCAUGGAUCAGCAGCAGUUCAAUAGUAACAAUAAUAAUGGCAAUAACGAUGCGAAUAACAACUCACAAGAUAUGCAACGACCCAUGAGUUUACCCUCCUAUUCUGCACAACAACAGUUCACCAACAACAAUAAUUCACCAUGGGGUUGGUGA